AUGUGGUUUGGAUUUAAAAAAUAGAAUGACAAUCAAAAUGGUUAAUAAGUCUAACAAUUUCCAGUUCAUAGACAUAAGGCAGCUCAUCAACAAGGUUAGUACAUGAUAUAUUAUAAUAUUAGGAGGUCUAAAUUUAUCAUUUGGAGAAGACAAUUCUGAAACAUAAAAAGUGGCAGCAAGUUUGUUUAAAUAAAUAAGUGGAAAGAUUAUGACAGGAAAUUUCGGAUCUUUGAUGUAAAUUAGCAAACCUAUUGCUAUAUCUUUAGAUAUGAGUUUCUUACAUGGAGUGGCUAUGUAAAAUAACAUAAUUAUAAAUAUAAGAGGACAUACAUUUAGUAAUUUAUUGGAAAGAUGUAGUCACUUAUCACCAAUUGAAUAGAUUAAAUAUAUAUCAGCUUAUUAAGUAUAUAUAUAUAUAUUAUAUUAUAGAUAUCUGGAUUACAUUGUAAUGGUGAGAUAACAAAAAUGAAAUCUCCUUUAGAUCCAUUAAUAGGAGAGACUCUUUAGGUAAUAAUAUAGUAUCAAAAAUUUAUAGUUAGUUAAAGAGGAUGGAACAUAAUUCUUCGGAGAAUAAACUUCUUUUGAUCCACCAAUUUCAUAUUAUUACAUAUUAGGAAAUAAUUAUAAAAUAUAUGGUGAUGACAGAUUAGAAAUAUAAAUUCAUAAGACAGUGAAUUCAUUAACAGGAGUUUAGUCUGGUAGAUAAACCAUAGUCUUUAACAAUGGUGCUGUCUAUAAAUGUAAAUAGAGACCAACUAUGUAAUAAUGUAUAUAGAUAUAUAAAAGGGAAAUAACUGGAUUGAUGAUGGGAGACCGAAUCUUGAAUUGGUAAGGGAAGAUGAUUGUGGAAGGACCUGGUGUGAAAUCAGUUAUUUCUUUUAAUUACAAUGCUGAAGGAAUGAUGUCUAAGAUAACUUCAUUCUUUAAGUCAUAAGAAUAGGCUAAGAUCUUUGAUAUUGUAGAAGUGGAUAUUUUUGAAGUGAAAAUAGAUGAAAAUGGAAAUAAAACAGAGUAAUUGUGAAUAAUAAUUAUGUAGGACUCUUAUUUAAUAAGGAAUAGGAUCAUGGUUGGAAGGAUUGCUAUUUGGAGAAGAAAACGUUUGGUAGAUAGAUGAAGAAAAGAAGAAGUGGAUUUCACCAUAGGAAAUAUUAGAAUCUGAUACUACUAAAAGAAAUGAUCUCAUUCUGAUGAGGAAUUAAAAGAUGGAGGAUGCAUAAAAGUAUUUAUAAAUAAUAUCUUUAUUAUAGAGCAAAAUUGAAAUUGGAGGAAUAGAAUUUUAAAGACAUUGAUAAUAGAAGAAAAAAAUAAUGA